AUGUGGACAAUAUUCUCAUUAUAUGCAAUUCUCACGUUUCUACCAUGUAAGUAGUACAGGGGGAUAUGUGCAAAGUACUGGGGAAGCAGUGAUAGGGACUCUUGAUAAUUACCUGCUAUAUCUCAAUAUGUUUGAAGUGCAAAGAGAAUGGGGAAACACUUAAUAAAAUUAAACGCAAUCACUAAUCCAACAGAUUGUGAAGGAAUCUACGUUUAGUAGCUCUAUUGUCAUUUAUGCUAUUUUACUGCACCACUUAGAAACCUGUUUUAGAAAAUAUUGUCUGCCAACGCUGUUAACGAAACAUGAUUUACGAUAUUAUAAAAUCCUUAAUAUAGAUUUCUCUCUCUGUGUAUUUUCUGUCAGGUCUGUGUCUUGGGGUAAAGGUUGAACAGGAUCCCAAGCUAAUCAUUGUUCCGGCUGGGAAACCAGCGGAAUUUCAAUGUAAACAUGAUGACAGCAGCUAUAUUGCAAUGUUUUGGUACCAACAGCGGCCCGGACAGGGACUGAAGCUUAUGAUACAUUCUACAAGCGAAGAUGCUAAAAGCGACGCAAUGGAAGAUGAGUUCAAGUCGUGGGCUUGGAACAGGACGAGACGUCUGGAAUUCAGCCUGAAAUUGCCCAAAUCUCAGACUUCAGAUUCAGCCGUGUAUUUCUGUGCUGCUAGUAAACACAGCCACAAAUCCCUGUGCAGCACUGAGCACAAAACAUGCAGCAUCAUUUAGCACCACUCACAGGGACAGCUCUAGGAAGGGAACAAUUCAACAUACUGACCUGCAGGUGGAGCUGUUCCACACUAUCUUUCACUGAUUUGCUUGUUAUACAGAGUAAAACUGACAUUAUGUAACACUGCAACAAAUUAAAGAUUUUUCCAAUUUAGUUAUAUUAGCCUACAACAUGCAAUUCACUUUAAAUUCUAUUUGAAUUCCAAUCACUUCAUAACUAUUACCAUAAUAUUACAAACCAUGCUACAUAUUUGCACACUUUACUACACCUCCAACAUUUCAAAUUUAUUAUUUUUUUUAUAAAAUAUUUUACUAGGAAAGAUACGUUGAGAUUUCUCUCGUUUUCAAGUAUGUCCUGGGUUUUUCAAGUAUGUCCUGGGUCAAAUAGUUGAAGAAGAAUAGCCUUGUAUUAACGCAGUCACCGAGGAUUACGGUAAGCUCUACUGCUAUUGAGAUCUAUGAGAUCAACAAUAAUACAUUCAUAAACACCACAUAUUACUGUGAAUUUUAUUGAUGUGGAGCAGCAAUAAAUAUUAAAAUAAUAAUUAUACAUCAAAAUAAAUAAUAAUUAUACAUAAUUUAUAAAUAAAAUUCAUGAAGUUUCAUUAAAUGUAAUUAUCUUAAAAAUAAAACCAUAAAUGAAGUUUUGAGGCAGGUUUUCUUUAAAAGCUCCUGUCAUGUCUACUCAACACUUGUUGAGCAUGAGAGGAAUUGCAACAAUGUUAUAUUUUUCUUAGAAAGGUCUAAAGGAAACUAAAUGGAAACUCUAAAAUGCAGAGUGAUCCCGCUGAGACGUGUAAUAUACAGAGAUUCAUGUUAUAGAAUUUCACUUCUAGUAAUUAGUUAGUUCUGCACUCGUCAAGGUGGCUUGCCCAAAUUUUGAUGAGCCUGCUUGAAAUUGAAAUUCUACUUUUUGUAAUGUAGUUUAGAUCUUGAGUUGUAUAUUUUGCGUUCUUCAGUUAGGAUUCUGUAUUAUCAUCAUGUACAGCUGGAGUAGAGAUAUUUUUCAGUUGUUAUAAAUUGCGAGGACCUGUACUUAUAGACAGAAGGCUUCCUGAAUAAGGCCGGAAGCCCAAAACCACAAGACAUCUGCAGAAACAUUCACAAUAUCCAGUCUGAGCCAUUAGAGUCUUAUCAUAGGACAUCGAGCAGACUUGCUGGUGGGAGAUAUAAUAACAUGGGAUCAGAACGAUUUAUUUCAUGAGAAUUAUAAACAGAACAUUAGUUACUGAAAAUAAUCUUACACCAUAAAUUUAGGGCAAACACUCAAAAAGAUAGAAGUGAAAAAAAAACAACAUAAUUUAAACUGACGCUUGUUCCAGGAAAUUGAUCACCGAGUUCUUGAUGGGGGAAAUGUGGGCAACAUUCUCAUUGCAUUCAGUGCUGAUCUUCCUACCAUGUAAGAGGCACAAGGGCCGGCAGGUAUAGGGCAGAGAUUGAUGUGUGUGUGUAUGGGAGAUGAGAGGGGGCGGGGCGGUGGAAGCUAUAUUAAAAGAAUCUGAGAUUUAUCUUUUGAAUGUGUUGCUCACAUGUUGGGUUCUGUAUAAAUUUCAGAGUGGACCGUGGGUCACAUGCUAUAUUAAAUGUGAUAGAAUUUUCCUGAUUUUCUGCUAUUUGCAGACUUAAUUUUAAUGCUUACUAUUUAAUUGCCAGGUGUUUGAAAUAUAAGUGUAUCUUAACAAUAGCUUGUUUCAUUGUCAAAAAUGAACCUUAGAUCUGAUAUUAUAAACACUUUAUAUUUCUCUUUCUGUGUUUUCGGCAGGUUUUUGUCUUGGGGUGAAGGUUGAACAGGGCUCCAAACUUAUCAUUGUUGAGGUUGGGAAGCCGGUGGAGCUUCAAUGUAAACACGAUGACAACAGCAUGUUUGCUAUGUAUUGGUACCAACAGCGACCUGGAGAAGCACUGAAGCUUAUGAUAUAUUCAACAGAGGAAAAUGCUAAAACUGAUGCAAUGGAAGAUGAAUUCAAGUCGUGGGCUUGGAACAGGCCUUCUCGUCUGAAUUCCACCCUGACAUUGUCUAGUUCUCUGAUGGCAGAUUCGGCUGUGUAUUUCUGUGCAGUCAGUCAACACAGUCACAAAUUUCUGAGCAACACGGAGCAUAAAACCUGCAGUUUCAUUCAGCACCACUAA